CUCCCUCCCUCUCUCUCUCUCUCUAAACCGCCCUGAUGGAAGCCCCACAGCUGCCACCCUCCUCCACUUCUCCCGCCGCUGCCACUUCGCCCCGCCCACCCAUAGCCCCCUCCAAACUCCGUCUCAUGUGUAGCUACGGCGGUCACAUAGUUCCACGCCCCCACGACAAGUCCCUCUUCUACGCCGGCGGCGAAACCCGCAUCGUUGCCGUGGACCGCCGCACCACUGCGGCAUCUCUGUCCGCCCUCUCCGCCCACUUCUCCCGGACCCUCUUCCACAACCGCCCUUUCCACCUCAAGUACCAGCUUCCCAACGAAGACCUUGAUUCCUUAAUCUCCGUUAUCACUGAUGAGGAUCUCUCCAACAUGCUCGACGAGCACGACAGAAUUUCUCCGCCCGCCCGCAUCAGAUUAUUCCUCUUUCCUGUCAAGCCUGAGUCCCUGGGUUCGGCCCUGGUCGACCCGAAAUCAGAUUCUUGGUUUUCGGACGCGUUGAAGAGCACGCAUAUUUUGCAGAAGGGGCAGUCUGCGGAUGCUGGGUUGUUGUUGGGCAUUGGAUCGGAUUUGGAUGCUCCGGUGGAGAAUGGGAGUAACAGUGGCGGCGGCGAAGCUAAGCUCGGGGCUGAGUCUUUAGUUUUGGAAACAAGUUCGUCAUUCGGGUCGACCAGUUCUUCGUUUUCGAUGUCUAACUCGCCUUCUAUUGGGAUUGUCAAUUGCGAUGAAAAGGGGCUGAAUUUGCUUGACAGAAAGACCAUGCUGCACUCAUCAGCCUCUGUUGAUAGUGAAAAUGGUGUCGGAAGUUUAGCUGCUCCACAAAAAGCUGAAAGUUUCCAGGCGCCAUUAAUCCAGGUGGGUCCAGUGGCAUCAUCAGAAAAUCCUGUUUAUGACCCUUCGAUUAAUAUUACAACACAAAAAACAGUUCAGCUACUUGGAUAUCCUCUGUCACAGCAACCAGAUGGAAAGAAGCUGCCACAUGAAACUCAGUUAAUUCAAGGAGGUCUUCAAUAUGUGCCUCAAUAUGCUGGUCCAGUGCCAUUCUCGCCUUACUAUCCUGUAUAUCAAAUGCCAAUGCAUCCGCAGCAUAUUUCUUGUCCACCGAAUCAGCCAUAUCCCGUAUAUUUGGUCCCUGUAAGACCAACUCAGUAUCAUAAUAUGUCAAUGCAGUCCAACACCUUUGAUGCCAAUGCUAAUAGUUCUUCUAGUCGACCGCCAUUGCAUCCACAAACUGCACCAAUCGCUCAACCUGUGGCCCAUAAAGAGGUAUUUGGAGCUCAAAUAGCUGAAUCAGCCACAAAAAUAUACUGCAGUAUUCCAGCUGCAACACAAGUAGUGAGUAUUCCUUCUAAUCAAGGUCAACUAGUUGUUGGGGCUCAUGAGGCCCAGAUUGCCACAGAACAAGCUACAACUGCUCCAGUGAUAUCUGCUACUCAGGGUGGUGAAUUUGAUGAAGAUAUUGCAUACAAUCCGAUAUAUAAAACUCAGCCUUCAGCACCUCUAUUGGCUUCUCAGUACCAAACAAUGACAAAGGGAACAAUGAUGCUUCCGGAACCUACUGUCCAGCAGCAGCCAAACCAUGCAAAGCAGCAGGCAUGAUUGCAUCCUCAAUAGUGCAACCAAAUGAAGAGAAAACAUUAUCCGGGUUGUUGUCAUCUUUCUGUCUCUGCCUCGUCUCUCUAUUCUGUCAAUGUCGUGUUAAUCACAUUGUGGAUGAGUAUUUUUGCGUGAUAUCACUUCAUGGUGGAGUAAUGAAGAACUUGAGAUUGUUUGAUCAGUUAAUUAGAGUAUGCUGCUGAAGCAUUAAGCCCUAUUUUCUUUGUAUUCAAAGGUUUUGAUUUGGUAAGACAUACCUACUCGAGGCGUAGAAGUCAGCUGGAUUUUUUUAUACAAUUUGUUCAUUUGUUUGUUUUUUUCUCUACAUUAUUUGUUUAUGUACUUUAUCAUGAGAAUGUACUGAGUUAUGGAAAAA